UCCCCCGGGCAGCUUCAGAGGAAGGGGCCGGGCGUCUGGAUCGCCUUCUGCUUCCAAACAGAGAAACCAGCCCAGAAAAUGAUGUCUUUCAAAGUUCUCUCUCUGCUCCUCGCUUCUCUGGGCUUUGUUUUGAUGGAAGAAAACAUCUCGGGCGUAAGCGUAAGGACUCCCAGUGCCAGACCAGUGCAAAGACGCUACUCUGAGGCCACCCUGGCGAGCGACUACAGCCGCACGAUGGACAACAUGCUGAAGAAGAACUUCGUGGAAUGGUUGCUAGCCAGACGGGAGAAGAAAAGCGACAACAUCAUCGAGCCGUACAAGAGGGAUGCUGAGCCCCAAGCAUCAGCCGCGAACGGCCAAAGGUUGGACCUGGGCACCCAGGAAGCCAAAGAAUUCUUCGCCUGGCUUCUGAAAGCCAAGAAAAAUCCGAGUUUUGCUUCUCUGGAAGGUUCGGAAGGUUUGAAGGAUGUUUUGAACCAGGAGUUUCUGACUUGGCUGAUGUCGACCGAUCUCUGCAGACCAACGACUGUGUAACUCCAGGACCUCCCCGAGGAGCUCCCUCUUCACCCUCUCAAGGCACAUGAGAAGGAGGAAGAUGUCUUUUAUUCACUCUGUUCUAUGCA